AUGUCGCUCACGCUCGCCCAAUCGCCCGCCGUCUCGCGAACGUGUGCGCGCGCGUCGUCGUCGUCGUCGUCGUCGUCGUCGUCGUCGUCUCGUAAACGUCACCCGAGGCGAUCGUUCGCCCCUUCGCGCGGACGCGUCGUCGGUCAGACAAGAGCCGUCGUGGACGGAUCGUCGCACGAUGUGGACGCCGACGAAGCCGCUCCAAGGGGUUUCUCCGGGGAAGAGGACCCGAGCGAGGUCCUCAUCGAGCUCCGAGGGGUGAAGAAGGCAUUUGGGUCCAAGGUCGUGCUCGACGGUGCGAGCUUUAAGAUUCGCAGAGGCGAAGCGGUGGGAAUCAUCGGCCCGAGUGGGACUGGAAAGUCUACGAUCUUGCGAAUCAUGGCGGGUUUACUCAUUCCCGACGAAGGGGAGGUGUAUAUUCGAGGAAAGAAGCGCCUCGGGCUCGCGAGCGAUGAGGCGAACCCGGGUUUGCACGUUGGGAUGGUGUUUCAGUCUGCGGCUCUGUUCGAUUCGUUGACCGUCGGUGAAAAUGUUGGAUUUAAACUCUACGAGCACAGUUCGCUGCCGAAGAAGAAAAUUGAGAAGGCGGUGAGAAAGAGUCUGGCCGCGGUGGGAUUGCAAGGCUGUGAGGAUAAGUAUCCGGCGCAGCUCUCCGGGGGUAUGAAGAAGCGCGCAGCGCUGGCGCGCGCUAUCAUCAAGGAAAAUGAAAAUGAGGAGAACGCCGUCGAAGAGGUGGUGAUGUACGACGAACCGACGGCCGGGCUGGAUCCCGUGGCAAGCACGGUGGUUGAAGACUUAAUGCGCGCGCUCCACUGUAAGAGUGACUCGUGUAGCGAGCACGGUGGGGUCUCGAGUUAUAUCGUGGUGACGCAUCAACACAGCACGAUUCGACGAUCGGUCGAUCGGCUCGUAUUCCUGCAUGAGGGUAAAGUUGCAUGGCAGGGCUCGGUGCAGGAAUUUGAUGAAACGAGCGAGCCGAUUGUCCGGCAGUUUGCGACGGGCAGCUUAAACGGACCGAUCACGUAUUGA